CGGCUCCGCUCCGCCGCCCGCUCCGCCGCCCGCUCCCAGACGCGCUCCCGGCUCCGGCCGUGGCCCUCGUCCCGGCGACGGCCGGGGAUGCGCCCGCACCAUGGCCGCGCUGGGCGGGUGGCUGGGCGCGGCGCAGUGGCUCGCGCUGGUGUCGCUCUUCGUGGCCGCGGUGGCCACCGUGGGCCUGUACCUGGCGCAGUGGGCGCGGGCCAGGCCACGGACCCCGCGCGGGCGCCGGCCGGGGCGGCCCGAGGGGCGGCAGCCGGACGCGCUGCUGUCGUGGAUGCUGACGCUGGACGGCUGGGGCGCGCAGUGGCGGGCGGCCUGGGUGGCCGCCCUGAACGCCGCGGCCGGCGGGACCCGGGGCCCACUGCGCCUCUCCUUCCAGCAGGACCCUCGGCCGCAGCCCCUGCAGCUGGCAGUCUCAGAAGUGUCCAGUGUGGCCAAGUCAUCCCAGGAGAAGGUGGUGACCUGCCGUGCAGUGGGGGAUGCCCUGCAGUUCCUGGUCAGUGUGGGGCCGGCCUCCUCGGAGGACCCAGGGUGCCAGCUGUGUGACGUGCGGCUGUCCCCAGUGCACCUGCAGCUGGAGUUCCACAUGAGAGAAAAGAGAGAGGACAUCCAGAUCCAGUGGUCCUUCAUCCCCAUGCCAGAAACAGAUGUGCAGGUCCAGCCCUGCACCCCGGCAGCCGCAGAGGACCCGGCGGUGGAGCCGGAGGCCGUGUCCCGGGCGCUGCGGGACGUCCUGAAGCGCCUGGUGGGCCCUGCCGCGCCGGCGGUGGUCCUGAGCACCAGGCCCGCGGACCGGCAGGAGGCUCAGCUGCCCCGCGCCUCCCCACCCGCUCAGGACUGCUGCCCCCCCAAGCCGCCCAGGGCACACGAGCUGAGGCUGCAGGUGAAGAACAUCCGGGCCUCACUGCUCCUCGAUCCAGGGGCCUCAGCGGCUCCUGUGAUUGCAGGCGGCACCAGCCCUGUGUGCAUGGCGCAGCUGGAUGACCCGGCUCAGAGCUUCACCAGCUCCCGGGUGAGGAACACUACAGACCUUGCGUGGGAGGAAGAGUUCACCUUUGAGCUCAACGCCAAGUCCAGGGAGCUGUACCUGCAGAUCUUGGAGGAGGGGCGGCCCUCAGAAGGUCCCGUGGCGAUGGUCCCGCUGGACCUGUUUAGGAAGCAGCCCUCCGGACCGCAGAGCUUCACGCUGACCAGUGGGCCAGGCCUGGGCAGCACAGUGCUGGGCUCGGUCACCGCGGAGUUCUCGUACACGGAGCCCGGGGAGCCCAAAGCCCUGCACGCCCUCGCACCCAUGCCCACCGCCCAGGUGGAGAAGGACCGCACCGUGCUGCCCUGCGGCACCGUGGUCACCACUGUCACCGCCCUGAAGACCAAGCCGCGCUUCGACUCCGGGAGGGCGUCGGACUCUCCCGUGAGGACACCCGUCAAGGUGAAGGUCAUCGAGAAGGACAUCUCCGUGCAGGCCAUCUCCCACCACAGCGCGCCCGUCAGCAAGACGCUGUCCUCUUCCGACACGGAGCUGCUGGUGCUGAGUGGGUCGGACCCUGUGGCUGAAGUCGCCAUCCGACAGCUCAGUGAGUCCUCGAAGCUGAAGCUGAAGUCGCCCAGGAAGAAGAGCACGCUCAUCAUUUCUGGGGUCUCCAAGGCCUGCCUCUCUCAGGACCACGACGCUGCCCUCAGGAUGGACCAUUCGGCCUCCGUGCACAGCGCCCACCAGGACGAUGGCCCGGCCACCGCCUCCGCCCCCCCUGCCGGGCCCGAGCCAAUCCUGGUCCCCGCUGCCCUCGAGGGCCCGCAGCCUGAGCCCGACCCCGAGCCCUGGGACCUGGAGAAGGAGGAGGUGGCAGCGUGGAGCCAGCCCUGCCUGUUGGCGCCCGGCGGGGACAGGGAUGGGGAUGGGCUGUCUGAGAGCUCCCUGAGCACCUCGGAGCUGGGCAACGCCAGGAAACGGAAAGGAGGAAUCCUUAGGAAAGGCGCCAAGCUGUUCUUCCGCCGGCGGCACCAGCAGAAGGACCCGGGCAUGAGCCAGUCGCACAACGACCUGCUUUUCCUGCAGCAGCCUGAGGGGCCCCGCCGGAAGGGCAAGACCCUCACCCGCAUCCUGAACAAGAAGCUGCUCCCUCGCCAGCGGGGCAGGGACGCCGUGAACGGUUUGCCCGGGGAGCCUUGCACGUAGCCCUCGUGGCCACUCCUUCCUCAGGAAGCCGAGGACGACUGACGUGGGCCUGCCCAGGAGGGAGCGGGUACCAGCCGAUGCCCAACACCUGCCUUCUUGCUGGGUUCCUUCCAGCACUCUGGGCCUAAGCACCUGGCAUCUUCAGCUUUGGCCAAAGAGGGCUGAUGGCCCAGUAUGUGCCAGGUGCCCCCCAGGACCUGCCGGCCCUGGCUUGGGCCAUGCUCCAGCCUGCUGUGAGGUUCUUCCGGAAGGAGAGAAGCACCAUGCUUUGUGGGGCUGCAGUGGGGCAGGGCUGGCACACCCACGCUGCCCCCAGAAGAGUGCUGGGCUCCACGCCUGACCGCAUGGGGAGGAGGAGCCCCACGCUGUCCCUGGGCACCAUGUGGGUGGGACACGGCCCUGGUCCUCUGCCAGAACAAAAACAUGAACCUGGCCUGGAGGACGGAGGUGGGGCGUGGUGGGAUUUUUUUUUUUUUUUUUUUUUGGUACCAGGGAUCGAACUCGGGACCUUGAGCUUGCGAGGCAGGCAGUGAAACCACUGAGCUAAAUCCCCGGCCCUAGUGAGAUUUUUGAUAAACACAAAUUAUGAUAGGAAUGGAAAUGCUUCAACAAAUAUAGGAAAGCUUCUGCCUUUGACAUUAGCCAUAGAACUUGACCUUGUAUGCGAGCCCUGCAUCAGUCCUAUGCAUAUUUUGCUCAACACUUCCAAGUUUCCCCAAGCCGACUGGCUGCUGGAGAUGCUCUCAGGCCAAGUGGAUUUACAUUUUUCUCUGGCACAUCAAGCGCAGGAUGCCUAGGGGACUGGAGACAGGAGGUUUGCCUCCCGUCUGCUUGUGCAGCAGGCCUGGCACAGGAAGCCGGGGCAGCGAGCACCAGCUCACCAGGUGCACAUGCGUGGAUCUUGCCAGAUAUGGCUGACAGCCCAGGAAAGCCCGUCAGGGCUGUAGAGGAGGAAAUGACCUUGUGUCUUUGGGUCAGCCUUAGGAAUGCAAGCUCAAUAACAGAUGGGCCGACUCGCAGGAGCUUCUUGGGGCUCUCCUGGAUUACACUGUGCACAGCGCUCCUAGCCACGUUUUGGGGUGUCCUUCAAGGGGCACACGGUUUUCUGUCCCUGAGCACCGAGAGACCACUUUCCCAGCCCAAGGCUGGUGCUGUCCAGUCUGCUCACAGCGAGCACUGCGCUUUGGCCCCUUGACAGUUCCUGCCAGGGGACGAGCAGGUUGCAGGGUGACUGUCCUGCAGGUGGGGGCCUCACAGAUUCAGCUUCUGGAGCUGGGGAAGGCUGGGGGAGGCCCGACUCCCAGCAUGGGUCGGGGCCCAGUUGUGCACCCCUAACACAUUCUGGGGAAACCACCGGUGGUGAGCAGAUGCCUGGAAGGAAGCCCAAACAACAGCACUUGUGUUUCUUUCCUGUUUUGGAGGGACAGAUUCGAAAACUACACUAGAAAUUUUGCUUUCAAAUUCACAGAGUUACGGAGUGACUACCACGACUUUGUAACUACUGUUUUUAUUUUUUUGUUUUGUUUUGGUUUUUUUGGUACUGGAGAUCAAACCCGGGACCUUGCACUUGCGCGGCAGGUGGCAGCACCACUGAGCUAAGUACCCGGCUCUAAAAAGGCUCUUUCUAAUUUAAUCAUUGUAAAGUCCCCAAGCCCCCCACACACACCUUGGCAAGCUAGUGUCCCGAGUCAGAGACCACUCCUUACCUCUGUGAGUGGAGGGUCCCCUUAAUCUUUCCUCGUACUCGAAGUGUUACUGUCACGUGCUGGCAGAACUUGUGACAUACAACAAACAUUUUUCUUCUUUUCUUUCUUUUCAGUACUGGGAUUGACCCCACAGCCUUGCCCAUGCCAGGCAAGUGCUCUACCACUGAGCUAUGCUCCCAGCCCCAGUUUUCAAAUUUUAGUUUGAAAUAGGCUGGCCUUGAACUUGGCAAUCCUCCUGCCUCAGCCUCCUGAGUGGCUGGGGUUAGUACGGGUGUGCACCAUCUCGCUGAGCUUACAAGGCUUUAACCCUGAGAGGACACGAUGUGUCAGAAUUUCAGACCCUGAUCAGAAGUUUUUAGUACAGACCUCGUUCCCUUUUUCCAAAAUGUCUGGAGGCCAGAAGUGCUUGAUGUUUCAAGGUUCUCCUGCCUGGAAUGUGUGAACAGCCCUUCCUGGCUGAUCAUCCUCUAAUCUGAAAAUCCAAAGCGCUCAGAAACCUGAAACUUCAUGAGUGCCCCGGUGCUCGGAGGGCUUCUGACUUGGGAGUUUUGCGUUAGGGACGCCCUGCCACCAGUUUCCGCGGUUUGGUUUGGAAGUUCCGUAUGCUGGUGUUUGAACUUUCUGCUCCUCGCUCUCAGACAGACAGAGCUGUUUCAACCAUCCUGCUUCCUGCAGUGACCUGUGUGCCCUCCACCAAGUGGCCUUUUCCCUGUGACAGAGAUCACUAGUGUCGCAGAGGGUGACAGACACCAGAGACCGCAGGUGGCCUUGGGGGCCCUGAGAAAACGGGCCAUCCUGAAGCUGUGAGGCCCCACUCCUAGCGUCCCCCGGGGGUCUGUUUUUCAGUGGUGUAAGGUGUUUGUGUCACAGUGCGUGUCACUGACAGUAAAGAUGGGGUCAUGUGAUGUGGGACAUGCUAACAACGCUGGUAGGUGGGUCACCUGCCACGAGUUUUAGUGGCUUCAGGGCUUUUGUGUAUUUUUAUUUCAUCUUGAUGAAAUUUUUUGCAGAUUAAAUUUUAAAAGCAAUUCCUCCUGGACAGAGAUACUGACACGUGUUUGUGUCUUUGAAAGCAGGCAGUGGGGUAGUUGGAAUGAGCCAGCCACCCCCUGCCCUGCUUUGUUAAGGGGCUGUGAAGAGGCCUUUCAGGGGAGUGUUGCAUUUUCAUGUACCAAUAAUGAACGUCCAGACCUCCUGUUCCAAUAGAAAACCUGCUGUGAGAAGGGUCCACAUGAGCACUUUAUCUUAAUCGAGCUUCAAGUUUGAGUUCAACACCAGCCCUAGAUUCCUCACCAUGGCUGCCUGCCUGGUCUUCACCCAUCUAGAUUUCUGGCUGCAUCUGCCAAAGAGAGCCUGGGACUUUCUUCUUGAGCAGAAAGGGAAGGGUCAGUUUGCAUUGCUGCACCAGAAAGCGGGUAUUUUGUAGGCCCUGGUGGAUGAUGGAAGUCCAAUUGUCCACCUCCGGGGGCCAGAACCCAGGCCUCAGUUGGGACCAAGUUGGAUGCCAGGCCCUGUCUCCACCGCCCCAGAUGGGGAGGCAGCAGAACCCCAGAACCGCAGGGCUCUCUGCUGACCCCAGGCUGUGGCCCCACUGUCCCCAAGCCUUCCGCUGUGUGCUUUUUCUCCAGUGCUGGGUCAGUCCCACAUCUAAAGAGAAGAAAAUGCAGGUUCCCAGGGCAGAGGCCUGGUGUGACGAGGCAUGCGAGUGGCCAUCAGGCUCCAUGGAGGUGACGGAGCCCCAGCAGCACUUUACACACGAUGACCCCACCCCGCACUGUGUCCCUGGCCCCACAGGUCCCACCGGAGGACUGCAGUGUAGUUUGAGCAGUCGUUGGGAGAAAUAAACAUGCACAUAGAACACA